AUGGUCUCGUUCAAACUUUCCACCAUCGCUGCCGUCGCUGCCUUCUUUGCUCAGACAGCCAUCGCCGCCCCAUCUCCUAGCAUGGGACUCAAUGGUGCAUACGCCAAGCGUGCUGCAAGCUGCACUUUCCCCAGCCCUCCUAAGACCUCCAGCCUCAGCGCUCCUAUGACUGUCAAGGGUACCUUUGAUGGUGGCAAUGUCCGCUACGACCGCGGAAAGGGUGCCUGCUCUGGGCAAAAGGAGGGAGGCGACAAGGACGCCGUCUUCUUGCUUGAGAAUGGUGCUACUCUCAAGAACGUCGUUAUCGGUGCUGACCAGGCCGAGGGUGUCCACUGCAAGGGCUCCUGUACUAUCGAGAACGUCUGGUUUGAGGAUGUAUGCGAGGACGCCAUCACCAUCCGCCAGACUUCCGGAACCACUACCAUCAGGGGCGGUGGAGCCAAAGGUGCGAGCGAUAAGGUUGUCCAACACAACGGUGGAGGAACCGUCAACAUCUCCUCAUACUGUGUGCAAGACUUCGGAAAGCUGUAUCGCGCAUGCGGCAACUGCAAGACGCAGUACAAGCGAACUGUAAACAUCAGCGACGUGAUCGCAAAGAACGGUAGUCUGCUUGCCGGUGUCAACUCGAACUACGGUGACGUUGCGACUAUCAAAAAUGUACAAGCAACAAGCGUGAAGUCAAUGUGCGACACGUUCCAGGGCAACAACAGUGGAAAGGAGCCGUCGAAGCUGACAUCGAACAAGGCCAACAGCAGGAAUGAAUCCUUUUAUGGCUUAUGUAACCGUAUGAAGUUACUGGGGCCCCCUCAGUCAUCUGUUCAACCAUGGGUAGACGGCGUAUACGAAUACCUGGAGUCCAAACUUGCUUUUAUCGUGGAACUUGAAGCUAUGAUCGAUAAGAGUGAUCCAGCCGAUCCGGAGAAGAAGGAUUAG